UGCUUGUCCAUCAUGUCACAUAGAUACCUCACACAAGAGAUUGAAGCUUGGAAAGAAAGAAUUCUUUGAUGCUAAUUGUAGAUUCUUGGAUCCCGAUCAUAGAUGGAGAAUGGAUAGAAAAUCAUUCAAUGGAGAAACAGAAAGACGACCACCUCCUAUCCCUUUGUCGGGGGAUGAGAUAGUAGAAGCCUUUGAUGGUGUUCCGAAUGUGAUAUUUGGGAAGAAGAGAAAGAGAACCAAAAGAUACUUGUUUGGCCAAUGGAAGAAGUUUAGUACCUUCUUUAGACUCCCUUAUUGGAGUAAGCUUUUGGUAAGGCAUAACUUAGAUGUGAUGCAUAUUGAAAAAAAUAUUUGUGAUAGUAUCUUAGCAACUGUACUUGAUAUUCCUAAUAAGACAAAGGACACUUUGAACGUACGAAAGGAUUUGUUGAAGUUGAACAUGCAUGAGAAAUUGAGACCUAUCAAGAUAGGUGAUAAAUAUGCCAUUCCUAGAGCUCUUUAUCAAUUGACAUUGCUUGAGAGGCGUAGAGUAUCGGAGUGGUUGUCUAAGGUUAAAGUGCCAGAUGGUUACUCUUCUAACAUAGCUCGAUGUGCAAGUGUAGAAGAUGGAAAAAUCUCGAACAUGAAGAGCCAUGAUUGUCAUGUUUUUAUGCAAGAUUUGCUUACACCGGCAUUUCAAGGCAUUUUGCCUAAGCAAGUGUUAGAACCUUUGGUUGAGCUAAGCUUGUUUUUUAAGCAAUUGUGCUCCAAAACUCUAAAAAUUGAUGUGUUGGAGCGAUUGGAAAAGAGUAUUGCAAUAACUCUUUGUAAGCUUGAAAAGGUGUUUGUUCCAUCGUUCUUUGAUAUUAUGGUUCACCUCCCAAUCCACUUGGCUACUGAGGCCAAGCUUGCUGGGCCAGUGCAAUAUCGUUGGCAAUAUCGAUUUGAAAGGUUGAAGGCCGACUAUUUUUCAAAUCGCAAAUCUUUAUUAGAGGCGGAGCAUGCUUGCCCACCUUCAAUAAAACUUGAACAAUGGAAGUGGCUUGUUUAUAACUAUUGGAGCUCUCCUAAACAAAAGGAAAGGAGCGAGAAGAAUCGAGCAAAUGCUCUUGCAAAGAAGAUCAAGUCGGCAUGUGGUGCGAAAUCAACAGCUCGCAUAAUUUAUGAAUUGCUGCUGUGACUCUGAAACUCUGCUGACUUGAUCUUACUGAUGUACCGCAUUACAGCUAGACUAAUUUAUGAAUUGGAACUUGAGGCGUAAGCUUGUGAAAAUGAGAAUGAGGUCACCGAAAUUAAUGGUUCUAGUUCAAACGUCACCUCAUCCCAAGCUAAAGAUGAUCCCAUGUAUUUAAAGUUAUGGGAGAAGUCAAAGAGGCAUAAAAAUGGGAAGUUUGACGAUGAGGCCGAGGAGAAGUUCAAGGAAUUAAAGGAGUUGCAUGAGAAGGAAAUUGGUGAAAAGGGGGUUGAUAAUCUUACUCUUGAAGAAGCUUAUGUGAAGGUUCUUGGACAUCGUUCAGGUUAUGCCCGAGGUUUAGGCAAAGGGCACCCGGUGUCAUCUAAAGAUGGAAAGAUAGGAAGAGCUGAGCUGGAACAAAAUGUUGAAAAACUACAAAAUGAAAAUAAUAUUAUGCGAGCUGAAUUGGAAGCGUCUAAGAAGAAACAAGAAGACCUAGAACAAAAGCUUCGGUUAAUCAUGGAGAAGAUUGGCCUUUGUUUCGGGUGAAAACAAUGGGACCUU